AUGGUGGGCUUGGAGCUGCAAGGGGAGCCGCCACCCAGUGAAGCCUUUGCUUACUGGCGAGCCAUCUUCCUUUCAGGAGAUGUGGGCUUUGCCAUCAUGUUUGUGCUUGAGCCGCUACUUCGACUCCUCGUCCUUCGCAGCUUGGUCUGCCGUGUCUGGCUCAACUACAUCGACAUGAUCGCGGGGGUCUCUUGCGCCAUCGAGGUGGUCUGGUUUUUUCAGAAGACAUCCUCGGGCUACCAGGAAGCUCUCUUCUUGCUGCGCAUACUUCGCAUUGGAAAGCUCUUUCGGGCCCUGAAGCUGCUUGGGCUUGCAAGCAGCCUUUCACCCUUGCAACUUCUCGUGAAAUGUCUGCAAGCCAGCCGGGGCAUGCUGUUCUGGACCUUCUGCCUCUUGUCCCUCCUCCAAGCCGUGGCUGCAAUUGUCCUGAACAUCUUUGCGGUUCAGUACUGCAACGACAGGUCACAAAGCUUGGCCACUCGUGAGGAGGUAUUCCUCUACUAUGGAACCUUCACCCGCAGUUUCUUGACGAUGUUCGAGGUGAUGUUUGCAAAUUGGGGCCCCGCGUGUAGAGUCGUGGUGGAAGACAUCAGCGAAUGGUUCGCCAUCUUCUUCUUGCUUUACCGGAACGUGGUGAACUCAGUUUUCGUGCAGCAGACGAUGAAGACUGCCAGUUCAGACGAAGAUCUGGCCUUCAAGCAGAAAGAAAAGGACAAGGCGCUCUACAACAGGAAAGUCAAGAAGCUCUUCCAGAACAUAGACGUUUCCGGUGACGGCUCGAUCAACCUCGAGGAGCCCGCUACGAGAUGUGUUCUUUCCCCUUUCAAAGUGCGAGCAGAGUUGUGCAAAGACACCUUUGCAAGGGAGGCCACAGAACUUCAGGGUGUAAAGUGGUUUAGGGUUUAG